AUGGGAGCAUUGAAGGGUAAGAUAUCUCAAAUAUGUGAAAUGUAUUUGGAAAAACAUCAAGUAUUGCGAAAGUCUCAAGAUGAUCUUUUGUUGAUAACGAGCAAAAAUGUGGGACGAAUGAUACCUAUUAGAUUUUAUAGUGAGAGCUUUUCGCACAAAGAGUGUAAAAAUGUAAAUUUAUUAACACCAAGUUAUACAGCGAAUAAAUCAAAUCAAAAUUUGUACACUAAGCGGGAUUUUAUUCAUUCUUUUUUUGGGGCGAAGAAAUAUUUACCUUAG